AUGUCGGUAGUUAUAGGGAAUACACUCUACAGUCAAGAUGGUCACGUCGUGACUCUGGGACUCAAGGCUGCAGCAUCUAUCGUCAAGUGUCCUUUACGCUCGGUGGAAAAAUCCCUCCCGGUAUUUGUCAAGCAAACGCUCGAGAUUAUCCGAAGCUCCGGGGAACUGAAUCAGGUUACCCAAACUGCACUCAAAUCACUCGCCAUUAUGAUUCGCGAUUGCCCUGCGGCCAAACUGCAAGAAAGCGACUUGACCUUUUUGUUAGAGGUCAUUGCACCGGACCUAGAGGAGCCCGAGCGCCAAGCUGCUGUCUUUUCGCUCCUUCGCACCAUCAUUUCGGUUCAAGAGCUCGCCCGUAGUGUCCUUCUGCAAUUUCUACUCGACUAUCCUCAGGGCAAAGGUCGUUUACGCACUCAACUUAAUGCACUUGCACGAAAUCUUGACUACGUCUUCGACAGUGGCCGCAAAUCUGUUAUGGAAUUCCUGGCAGCUGUCAUUUCCAAGUUCACAGAUUCAAUUGUUGACGAAUAUGCGGACAUGUUUUUCGUCGCACUCGUUUUAAGAAUUGCAAACGAUGACAGCACGAAAUGCCGGGAAAUGGCGGCGGCCCUGAUCCAACAGUUGCUAAGCCGAGUCGAAAUUGCAAACGAUGACAGCACGAAAUGCCGGGAAAUGGCGGCGGCCCUGAUCCAACAGUUGCUAAGCCGAGUCGGUGAAGAACGGCGCAAGAAGCUCAUGGCACAUGCCCAUAACUGGGCCGGACAAGAGGAAAAGCAACAACUUGCCGGUGUCGCGGCACAGCGCAUACAAUUGAACAACGAGAGCGAUGCGAUGGACGUGGACGAGGAUGACAAGAGUGCCACCUGGCAAGUCCCGUACCAUGCAUUAACGACACUUGGAAAGCUCAUCGCGAGUUUCCGGAACAGCAUCACUGCUUCAACAAAGGACUGGGCUUCGAUUUAUUCCCAUCUACUUUUCCCCCAUGCUUGGGUCCGACUCGCUUCAUGUCGCCUCGUUGGUUCACUCUUCGCAUCUAUACCGAUUUCGGUUGAAACCUUGACACUUGGUGCUGAUUUGGCCGAGGCUACGAUUACCAGCCCGGCUGGAACGACCAUCACACUUGCACUGGUGGAUGUGACACAGAAGCUGUGUUUACAAUUGCGUAGUACGAACUUGGACGAUACCCUAAGCACCCAAGUCGUCAAAAAUUUGUUCUAUGCAGGGAAAGUGUUUGCUCUGGUCUAUGGCACGGCAAACCCUCUCGCAUGGAUGUUCUCCAAACUAUCUUACCAAGCUCGAUCAGCACACAUUGCCCGGAUCAAUAGGGCCGCGAACUCGAGCAAGUGGUACAUUCAUAUUGGCUCGAUCUUCCGAUGGUUUGCAGCGAUGACUUCGCACCUAUCCGCACCGACUCUCGAAACUUUCCUUCCCCACAUACUUGCUCCGGUGUAUCGAAUUGCAGAGGAAGAGACUAUCAAGGAUACGGAACUUGAUGAUCUCAAAACUCUCACUCACGAGCUCCAGGCUCUGCUUCAGCAACGAACUGGAACCACUGCCUUUGCCAACGCAUACAGCCGGAUUCGACAAGGAGUCGUUCGUGUGCGCCGAGAACGCAAAAUUCAACGUGCUACUCAGGCAGCGACUCAUCCAGAGGCGGCAGCGAGGCGAAGGUUGCAGCGGAAUAUUACAAAGAAGGAGGGAAAGAAGAGAAAAGACAGGGCGUUUGCGGAUGCCAAGAUCCGGAAUAACGCAGUCAAAAAAAGGAGACGAGUAGGCGAGGAAGAUGCAUGA